AUGGGGCCGCGAUCUGCGACAGACGCAACGCGCUUUACGUCGACAACACCACACGUCUCCGCGAAGCUACCUCCAACGUCGAGCUCUAAGAAUACAAAAGCAUUCCCCUCGAGGCAACCCGGACCUCCAGGCGAAACACCACAAGAGAAAGUCAAGCGCCUCAGAGCCGCUGCGAAUAGGGCGAGGGAGGCAGAUGUCUCACAAUUUGAUAAGUUGAUUGUACGGGGGCGUGUGUGGGCUGAUAGAGCCCAUCGAUUCACAGCCUUGGGUCUGAUUGCAGCGACUUUCAUCUGCGGAGGAGUUACGUUCUACGCAUUAGGCGAUAUGAUGGUUCACAAUCGAAGAAAGAGGGCGGAAUUCUUUACAGAACAAAAGGCAUUGAAGGCCAGCGCUAUACAGACCGCCAAGCAAGCCCUUGAUCAAGGCGUUGCUACCGAGGAUCAAUUGGCCUUCCUCCGCCGCGAAGAAGAACAUGAUGCUCAAUUGGCAGCUGCAGCUAAAGCCAAAGCCGCCAAGAAGGGCAUUUUCAAGAAAAGCAAGGAAUGGCUAUUUUCUGGCUUGAAGAAAGAGGAAGGGGUCGAGCUUGCAGAAAACAACGAAAGGGAGAUCAGUCACGGGGAAAUCAGUGAGGAGGGUUCUUCGAUAAAAGAGCGGGCAAGUGAUGUCAGUCGUGCAAUUGGCCAAACACAGAGCGCGAUAUCAGACAAGACAAAAGGCGCAUUCGAGGAGGAAAAGCAGAGACAGCGGGUAGGAGGGCCGCUGGAUCGAUUAGGUACAGCCACGGAGAGUGAUAUGGACGAAGACAAACCGAAAUCCGGUGGAUGGACAUCAUUCAUGGUACGGCGAUGA